AUGGACAUUGUGAAGGGGAGGCUAGACAGACAUCUCUUAGGUCUGACACAGAUGGGGGACCAAGAGCAGGAAGGUUUGUGGGUUGAACUUGACAUUGUCUCCAAAAUGCUGAGCCAGCAGGAUGGGCUCCUAGAGAACAUUACUACCAGCACAAAUUCGCAGGGGGCCGGGGAACAUUCCUCCAACCCCCUCUUUCGAUCUUUACUUUCCUACCGCCGUGGCGGUGGGGUUGGCGUUCAAGCUCCCGCGGGGCCGGCGGUCCCCGGCGAUCAGCGGGGCGGCCCCGUCCGCCGCCUCCUCUCCGCUGCCGCCCGUCAGGAGGAGGAUUUUUCGCUCGUAAACGCCAGCCCCGAGCGCCUCUCCGGGCAGCCCCCGCGGGAGGCCGGCAGCCGCGGCGAGCGCACGGCAGCUUUCGGGUUAUUCCCAUCGUCCGGCGUUCCUCUCCCCCGACCCCGACCCCGACCCCGGAGGAGCUCUUCCUUUUCGGUCCGCUCCGUGCCAGCCUUCCCGCUAAACUCAUACUGCCAGGGCUACGGCUGGGAACAGGAGUGCGGGGCAGAGGCUCCGCUGGUGCUUCCAGUGAAGCAUCCCCUCCAAGAGGCACCGGUGGCCGGUGGGCAGGAUUAUUUUACGGAUGAAAACAGAGUACUAAAAAAGGACCCUCAACAGGAUUACCAUCUGGAAUAUGCCAUGGAAAACAGUACCCAUACAAUAUUGGCUUUUAGCAGAGAACUGCACACUUGUGAUGCAAAUGACAAGAGCAUAACGGAGAGCACGGUGCGAGUAAUAUGGGCCUACCACCACAAAGACAUGGGAGAAGCAGGUCAAAAUUACCAUGGGUCUAAUCGUGGUACAAAGAGUCUACGUUUACUGAAUCCUGAGAAAGAAGAAGUCUUAUCUGCCUCUUUGCCAUACUUUGACUUGACAAACAAAGACGUGCCUGUACCAGAUAAAGAUACAACAUAUUGGUGCCAAAUGUUUAAGAUUCCUGUACAACAUGAAAAGCAUCAUGUGACGAAGGUUGAGCCAUUGAUCCAGAAGGGCCAUGAGAAUCUGGUGCACCAUAUCCUGCUCUACCAGUGCAGCAGCAAUUUGAAUGACAGUGUGCUAGACUACGGGCAUGAGUGUUACCACCCCAACAUGCCAGACUCUUUUCUCACAUGUGAGACAGUCAUUUUCGCUUGGGCCAUUGGAGGAGAGGGCUUCACCUACCCUCCUCACGUUGGCUUAUCCAUUGGCACAGCAGCUGACCCUCAGUUCGUUCUUAUGGAGGUGCAUUAUGACAAUCCAUCAUACACAGAAGGCUUGAUAGAUAACUCUGGUCUGAGGCUAAUUUAUACUCCAGUUUUAAGGAAAUAUGAUGCUGGGGUUAUAGAAGCUGGUCUUUGGGUCAGCCUCUUCCACAAUAUCCCACCAGGCAUGCCUGAAUUUGUGUCAGAGGGUCACUGCACACUGGAAUGUCUGGAAGAGGCUCUAGGUGCUGAGAGACCUGCUGGGAUUCAUGUGUUUGCGGUACUUCUUCAUGCUCAUCUUGCUGGCAGAGCUAUCAGGAUGCGCCACUUCCACAAUGGCGAGGAGCAGAAGCUGCUUGCUUAUGACGAUGAGUUUGACUUCAACUUCCAGGAGUUUCAGUAUCUGAAAGAAGAACGAACCAUCUUGCCAGGGGAUAAUUUAAUCACAGAAUGUCACUACAGUACUGUGGACCGAAUUCGCAUGACAUGGGGUGGUCUGAGCACCAGGAAUGAAAUGUGCCUGUCGUAUCUGCUCUAUUACCCAAGAAUCAACCUCACCCGAUGUGCAAGUAUUCCAGAUAUAAUGGAACAGCUCCAGUUCAUUGGUGUUAAGGAAAUCUAUAGACCAGUCAGGACUUGGCCUUUCAUUAUCAAGAGUCCUAAGCAGUAUAAAAACCUGUCUUUUAUGGAUGCAAUGAACAAAUUCAAAUGGUCCAGAUCGGAGGGUCUCUCCUAUAAUGAACUUGUGCUUAAACUACCAGUGAAUGUGAGAUGUUCAAAAACAGACAAUGCAGAAUGGUCGAUCCAAGGCAUGACAGCUUUACCCCCUGAAAUAGAGAGACCGUACAAGACAGAACCAGUAAUAUGCAGCUCAUCUUCCUGUUUACAUUGCAGUUUAUUCCUCACCCUGUUGUUUGUUGUAUGUGUCACAGCCAGUACCAUAGGAAACAUUGGGCCCUUUGUAUAAUAAUUUUUAUUAAUUUGUGUUCUCUAUGCCAUGCAAGUUCUGAUGUGUUUGCACUGUUGCUAUUGUAGAUUUAUUUUUUUACAUAUUAAUAAACUAAAUUUGCCAGUUCAAAAUAAAAUGUGUACUUCCUC